AUGCUGGAUGAGCAGUUGUAUUUACUGACAUGUGUCUUUGCUAGUAGGGCAGAUGUCAAGAAUAUUUCUAAAUUGACCUAUAGAUUUCAGAAUUCGUUGGAUUUUAUCAAUGCUAUCGUUGUAUUUUGGCCAGAGUUGGACGAUCCACUCAAUUUGAGAUUGUUACUGGAAGAUGGUGAAACUGAAUAUCUGGAUGAUGACUCUUUGCUGGUGUCGUUGUUGUCGGGUGAUUCUGACCUGAUUUCUAUGAUAGAGCUGGAAAAAUCUCUGCUCAUGGAGAGAUUUCAUACCGCUAAGAACUACGUGGAUUCAAAAUUACAUCGUCUGUCAUUAAAUGACAUAAAUACAAAUUGGCUUACAAAGAGAAUUCUUAUUUGCAAUGAACUUUACGUACAGGAUACGUUGUUCUACCAACCGUUAUGGGAAUUCGUGCAAAAUCAAGAUGAAUCAUUCGAUAAUUGGAUCCACGGGGUUGUAUUACCAUUGAAUCACAUGAACAAACGAUUAAACAAAAAUAUUAGAAUAAAGGAGUAUAUCGAUAUGAAUCCAAGUGAUCUAUUGGAUGCCACCUUCUCAAAAAAGGUUAUCUCAGUCAAUGAAAUUGUGAAUGAGUUAAUACCAUACCUUUCAUACAAAAAUUUAGAUUCCACCUAUGAGUUAUUCAUCAACGAUUUUUUUAAUAUGGAAAGAUUCCCACUCAAAGACAGGAUUAACUACGAGGCAUUCAGAUCUAUUCUAGAUCAAGUACCUAGGUACCUUGCUGAUUGUACAUCCUUUUAUGAAUCUUCUUUGGAGAUCGUUUUCGAAAACAGCGAGGAUUUAUUGAAAAUAGCAUCACCAACAAAUAUAAAAGAGUUAUUAAGUGGCAUUCCAAAUGAUAUUACUCUUGAAAAAUACGGGAUUAACGUUAAAAACCUACUUACUUACAUUGAAAACAUAGAUUCGUUCUUAUCAGAUUUCAGCCCCAAGGAUAUAUAUGCCAUAAGGAACGAAGAAGAAACUGCACAAGCGGCCCAUUUUGGAUCAAUUUGUACCGAUUUUAUUCUUCAUAAUAAUGAGCAUAACACUGAAAAAAAAUUGAAUUUGAUAGUUGACAUGUUAAAAAAGGAGUUAAACUCCGCAGAGGAUGACAAGAUUUUCGAUAAACUUUCUUUUGAUAAAGAAUUAUCUAUUUUAUUCGAAACAUUCCUAACUUUGGGUGAUUUUGAAUUACUCAAGAGAUUUAAUAAUUUACCUGAAGUAAAUGAAAGUGCAGCCUUUAAAAGCACUGAAAUUAUUCUGUUGGAAAAAUAUUUCUGGCAAUUCUUUAAUAAUUCUUCCAAUGGAUCAAGGACUAGACCAGAUAUGACAAAGGCUAAGAAGACUUUGAAUCUUUUGUUAGUGGAAAAUGAAGCCAAAUACAAACAUCUGGAUACUCUUCUAGAUGUAUCAAACGAAUUAUCUACAUUCUCUAUGAACUUAGGUAAAGGUAUCCCUUUCAAACCAUGCAAUAUAAUUGAUUUCAAAAAUGAUCCAUUCGAUAUAGUUAGUAUCUUGCUGGAAUUAAAUUCUUCUCUUUACAAAAAUACUAGUACUACAUUUGCAAUCAUAAAAAAACUAUACAAAGUUUUUGAACGAGAGCCGGCCGAUCCUAAUUUUACAGUUGAAUUUAACAAGAUUUUAUCUUUACAUAUUGAUUAUUCAUUAGUUAACAUGGACUUCAAAUUUGCUUAUGAAAAGACUGUUGAGUUAUUAGAAAGAUUACUUUCUACUGACGAAACAGAACAUUUGGGAGAUUACUGGUUAACCAUAUUUCAGGUUUGCAAAUUUAAUGAUCCAGAAUGGACAGAUAAUGAAAUCCCCACAGAAAUUUUACUUUUCCAAAUGGACAUCUUAAGCAAAUUAUUACAUAUUUGUCCCAUGGACCAAAUGGAAGCGGUGACUUCACGUUGGAGCUCAUUAGAAAUGGAGCUAUCAACAAGAGAUCUGAUUAAUGACAAAUACUCAUUGGAACAUCAAAACUCUACAUCGCUGAACUUUUUGAAAAAUGGGCUUUCUAACAAAGUUUCUAGUUUUUUAACAGGAUUGUAA